UCAGUCGCGUGGGCUACCCUACAGGGGUGGUAGUGAGAAACAAGAACUGAUGGUUUGGGGGUGAGGGUAGACAAGGAUGGUGGGGAAAGAGAGAGUCUGAGACUAAACUUGAAAAAAAUUAAAAAGAGAGACAGUAUACAACCCUCUGGGCGCCCAGAGCAUGGUGGAGGGAUCUAAAGGAAGGAAGCCUGAGGAAAACAGGGCUCAUUUCACCCAUCUCAUACUUUGGCUAAGAAAAAGGUCUGGCCUAAUCAAUAUAUUUGGACCUAAGUUCUGUGUCUCCACUUGCCAAUAUAGAGAGCCAAAAAGAAGUUAGGUUCUUCCUAAAGAUGUUUGUUAUUCCCCGAAGAAUCUUUUAGGAAAAGCAAACGGCCUGAGAAAUAUUUGUUCAUUAGAUAUAUUCUGGCAGCAACCAGAAAAUUCCAGAAAGUACCAAGCACAUGCACAAACACAUAACACACUUGGUUCUUGAAACACUUGAACUGGUUAUUGUCAUUAUGAAGUACUUUCUCCAGCAAAUGAAUUGAUAAAUCCGCUCAAGUGUAUGUCAGAUAUUGUAAGGCAGUGAUAGAGGUUGGGUCCAAAUAAGCCUUAUAGAAAGUAUUGAUUGUUUAAUCCAGUUUUAUGGCCGACAGUAGAACAGAUGGGGUUUUUGAAACACCCUCGUGCUGUAAAGAAGGUGCGUGCUCUCCAGUGUCUUGCUCAAUUCGAGAACAUCCUGGCUGCUGCUGCUUAUAAGGCUCUGUGGCAUUCUCCUGAAAUCUGCAGCUGAUACAUUCCACAUGUAACCCCCUCCCCCUGGAGGAGAAACCUUCCUGCUGAGUCAGAUGGGUUUUCAGAGGUGCAAACAUAACAAACAACUUACGUCUUUUAGAAACUGCUGAUGUGUCUACCCUUUGCCUUCUCACAAGGGGGAAGAUUUCCUCUCUCUCUAGAUGGAAAUCAUUGCUUUCCCCGCUGAGAAGCAUGGGUUGCCUGAGGCGGAGUGGCUUCAAAUGAGAGCGGGUCUCCCUUACAGCCAUCAUCACAUCCUGACAUCACACGCGGUCCUGUCCGGAGCUCCACGCCACCCGGCUCCUGAGCAGCAGAUGGGUUCACUUAGGGCCGCGCGUCGCCCAAACCCAGCAGCCACCUUCUCUGGUUCCAAAUGUGCCGUGAGCAGCGAGCACACCGCAGGAGUGUGUGCGGGAGGGGGAGACUCAGAGGGACCUCAGGCAGCGGAAGGGUCAGGCGGGAGGUUGGGACACUAAAUUACCUUAGCGAACCGGGGGGCAGAUUCUUGCCAUUUCUCUACUAAGAACGAAGCUGACAAGCUAAACACGGUUAGGUUUCACUCGAGCGUGAGCCUCUGGGAAUCCAAACAGGAGAAGAAACAAGAUCUUGCGUAUCACAUGCGAGGCUGCGUGGGCAGGGCCAAGUCAGCCAGGUAGCUCAGUAACGAUAAGAGAGAAAAAUUAAGGAGUCACCUCUAUAGGUGACUAUCCCGUGUGCUCUGAAUUAUGGGCUGCGAUCCUGAAUUCUGGCAGCCUUUCUCCGAAGAAUAGUUCCUCCUUGUUAACCUGUUAUUUCUGCCCCUGUGGAGAGACACUGAGUACUGCACACAUCUAAUUUUGGCAUCCUAUUAAUUUUAAUGAGGGUAGCCCCAUUCAAGCGCGCUAAAUGCAUUUGUGUGUGUGUGUGAGUGUGUGGGUGUGGGGGGGCGUGUGUGAAAAGUAAGGCAGGGUGCUGCAUGGCCCGUGUGUGGAUGUGUGAUGUGUCAUUUGGAGCGAGGCAUCCGAGCACAGCUGAGAGACCUGGUUUCAGGUGCCAGCCCGAGAAUCAUCAGGCUCAUCAAUAAUGGACGGGCCUAAGGGGACCAGCCUCACUUGCCUUUGUUCCCUGCCGUAGAUGAAGGGAGGCAUGGAUCUCUCGGUUUUGCCAAAUAACAACCAUCCUGACAAAUUCCUGCAGCUUGACGCGAAGCUGUUGAUGAGGAGCUCAGCCCUGCUGCAGGCCGGCCUGGUGAGGUUUCCGGGCGGGAGCCACCCCGCUGCCCAGCACUGGCAAAACCUCGUCUACUCACAGAGAGAAAGGAAGAUCGCUGCUCAACAAAUGAGGGGGUCCAGCUCGAAGGAUACUGUCUCCCCAGAGAGGCCCCCAGCGUCUCUCUCGUCAGUUCUGAAGAACAACCCACUGUAUGGUGACGUGAGUUUGGAGGAAGCUAUGGAAGAUCGGAAGAAGAGUCCUUCGUGGACCAUCGAGGAAUAUGACAGGCGCUCCCUGCACACAAACCUGUCUGGGCAUCUGAAGGAGAAUCCUAACGACCUGCGGUUUUGGUUGGGAGACAUGUACACGCCCGGCUUCGACACCUUACUGAAGAAGGAGGAAGAACAAGAGAAGCAUUCGAAAUACCGCCGAAUAGGGCUGACGCUGCUCCUGGCUGCCUGCGUCUUGGUUUCCAUAGUGACUGUUAGCAUGUUUCUCACCUGAAGAAACUGCCACAGACACAACCGGUUGAAAUUUCUUAAAAAUCUUUCCAAAUAAACAUUUACAGAAAAACACGGUCAGGCGGCGUGGGUGCGUUACUGAGCGUGCAGUUCACAGGUGAUCGUCAUACAGGGUGCGGGUUUUACUGGGUGCGGGUGCUGCCCGGGAGCCCCGGCUUUCCCUGCGCCGCGCCCUGGGGCCCGGGUAAGAAUCCAGCCCGAGGCUUGUCCUUCGGGAAGAAGGAAUUCUGGGGAUCAAAGCCACAGAAGCCACCGUGCACAGCCCAGACCGAACACCCUGAUAGAGAACAAGGCAUCACCCGCAAUGGUCAACAGCUUUGUCUUAAUGCUCAGACUGUAUUCGCCCUGUUUUUAAAACACCGUUACCUUGCUACGCCCACCCUCCUGUCAGCACUAGGGAGGCUGAGAGGAUCACUGUUCGGCCAAGGGCCAGGCGUACAGGGUAAAAGCUUGUGGCGCUGCCUGUUGGGUUGAGUUCCACCGUCUUAUCUCCCUUUAUUCCCGUUUAAGCCAGGAAUAAACGGGGAAGCGGGGAUGUUCCCCGCGCGUAUUGCUGUUUCCCCAGCCUCCGGAGCGCCUCGGGUUCCGGUCGGCUCAGUGGACCUGAACUUAGGCGGGCCGCGGUCACGCAGUGAAUCACGCUGAGAGCCAGCUGUGCCGACUGGCUGAUCCCAGUCGGCCAGCGUGACCCCUGGUGGCAGUCAGGAAGUGGCCUCCCCAGCCGCCACUGAGGAAGGAAGCCCCCAGAAAAGCAGAGGAAAACCGCGAAGAGAACAGUUGGAAUCCUAACUGGAUUUUGCUGGCUGUUGACCCUGGGCAAGGCUUUCUCUCCCGGGAGGGGAUAAUAGUCUUCCCGGCGAGGCUUGCCCGAGGGCCGGUGAGGCGCAGACGGGAGCGGGCCCAGCAAGGAGCUGCACAGUUCACCCCCUGCCGCGGCCGCCGUGUGCUAGUUGCCCGCACCCCGGGGGCGCUUAUGGUGCCUGCACAUGCCUGGGGCCCCGGCCCCGGCCACAGGUGAAUGAAGUCGCCACCCUUCUCUUUCUUCUAGAACUCCCUUUCCUGGGUCUCUCAUCUCCAUCCCUUUUAUUUCAACCCUCCACCCCCCCAAUCUUGUGCAAGAAACAACAAAGGGACUUUCCUCAUUUGUCUUUAGUCAGCUUUUGUCCUCUGGGGUUUCCAUAUUAUCUUAUUGUAUUUCUCUUAAAGAUACUUGAAAUAAAGUACAUGAAAGUGCAGCUUUUCCGUACAAUAAAAUCAUUCGCACAAAAUAUGUCGUGAGCGUAUCUGCAGUCCUUAACCUCCCUCCUCCUCUCCCCCAGUCCAAUUCAAAACUGAAAUAAGGAGCCAUGAGUGUCCAGGGGACUUGCUGAGGGCAGGUCCACUCUCACUGCGGACACCUCCUAGGCAGCCACUUAAUAUUACAGUUGACCUUU